CACUGCAUCUCAUCUUAUUCCUCUUUCAAAGUAACUGAGUUUACUUCCACGAUGGGUGACGAGAACAAGUCUUGUCCAUUAGUGGAGGACAUUAACUCAUCCUACAAUCCGCCAGUGCUCAUUUUAACAUUUAUCUUUGGAUUCAUUGGAAAUGCAAUUGCUCUGUGGAUCUUCACUUUGCAUGUGAAAACUUGGAGAUCAAACACAGUGUACGGGUUGAACCUGGCCAUCGCGGACACUCUGCUAAUCUGCGCCCUACCAUUUCGAGUUGACUAUUACAUCCGUGGGAAAGACUGGAUUUUCGGCGAUGUUGCCUGUCGCCUGAAGAUAUUCACGAUAUUUAUGAACCGGGCAGUGAGCGUUGCUUUCCUGGCGGUUAUGGCGCUUGAACGCUACUUCAAGGUGAUCCACCCUCACCAUAAAGUGAGCAAAAUGACCACAAGCGGUGCGGUGAAGGUAUCCUGCAUUGUUUGGCUUGUAACGCUGGCGAUGUGUUUGCACGUUUUGACUGAACGUCGCACGUUCCAGCACAUGAAUGUGACAAAUUGUGAGCCGUUCAAACCAUUCAAGCCCUUAAGUUCCACAGCGAUUUUCACUAACAUGGUUUUUAUUAUUUUCAAUUUCCUUUUACCGGCUUCGAUCAUCCUGUUUUCCACUUGCUGUAUCGCCUGGAAGCUAAAGCAGAUGAAAUCUGAACUGAGGGGCAAAUAUAAACGAGCAACGAGGCUUGUGGUGGUCGUGGCGACGGUUUUCAUCAUCUGUUUCUUACCCAGCAACGUUGCUGUAAUUGCUGUUUUAAUCUCAAACCAUGUAAGUAAUUGCAAGACGUUCGACGUUACCGUGCAGGUCUUCUGCAACACCCUGUGCAUCACUUACUUGAACAGUGUGCUCGAUCCGUUUGUGUACUACUUCUCCAGUUCCACGUUCAAGGAAACUCUGAAGAAAGCUCUCAUUUCUCACAACAUCAGACUUUUCAGAUCAACAAUUCGCUCAGCUCCACCAAAACCAGAAACACAAGUUGAACCUCAACGAUCAUCUGUUCUCAACACCUGGGACCAUUUACGAACUGAGUCGAAUGACAAUCUGUGAACCAGCUCCCAAUGUUGCUGCUUGCUUUCUUCCAACUUGCUCUGGGGAGAAGGGUCUGGCGGGGCGCUCUCCCUAAUAUUUUUAAAUCUUUUGAUCUUCUAAUGCAAAAGGC